UCAGGAUACUACUGACAGCAUAUUAUAGUGGGCCAUUAUGUAUUAGCUACAAUCAGUCUAGCCGUUGGCUAUGUGGUCUUCUCUACUCCUCCUGUCUUCUCUUCUUGUAGUGAAUGUCAGUGGUACAGCACCUAAUGCCUUCUUAUUAUUCACUCUUUCUACAAAUGAAUUUUGUGCUGGAGUCCCUGUCAUGAAUGUCUUCUUGGAUUUUGCCACAGCUAAUUCCUUUUGCGAAAAUAGAACAUACAACAGUUCCACUGUUGCUUAUGCUGCAUCACAGCAGUAUGGAAUACCGUUUCAUAUUGCUGAAGAUGACAGUGUGACAUUCUAUUGGAUAGAUUUAUUUCCCUUUGAUUUUUGUAUGACAUCAGUUAAUGCAUCAAUCGAAUAUCGUAUGUUUAAUGAGUCAGUGCCUUUCUGUCCUGAAAAACAUGAUGGUUAUGUGUUAUCUAGUGCUGAGACAAUACUAAAUCGAACUAUAAUGUUCAGUCCUUUGAAUUCAAGUGUCUGUGAUGAAAGGGUAAUAUCCAUUCCUCCAUCAUGUGGUGGUAGGCUGACAAGUUCGACAACAAGUUUUUCCACAGUCGUUUCAUCAAAUGCUGUUGUUGUUGUUCAUUCUUCAGCUAAUGUUCGCUUUACUGUAUUUGAGACAUCAUCUUUUAACCUUCAGGCCUCAUCUGUUCACAUUCAGACCUCAGCUCUUAAUUCUACUGCUGUGUCUACAGUCAUUUUAUCUUCUAGUGCUCACUUUACUGCCUUUCAAACUUCAUCUGCUCACUCAACAGCUGUGUCUACAGUCAUUUUCUCUUCUAGUGUUCACUCUAUUGCCUUUCAAACUUCAUCUGUUCACUCAACAGUCGUGUCUACAGCCAUUCAUUCUUCCUUUCAAUCUUCUUCCUUUCACUCUACUGCUAUCCACUCUUCAACAUCUUUUGCCACUACAAUAAUGCCAACUAGUACACCUCAAAAUAAUUAUUGCUCUCCUCGAACUGAUGUUAAUGAGCGUGGUCAGUUUGAUUGGCCGCUAACACUAGCUGGAAUGACUGUUACCAUAUUGUGUCCUAGUGGCCCUAUUGGAGCUACAGCAAGUAGACUAUGUUCUACUUCUUCUGAUUGGGAAUCACCAGAUGUGAUGAGGUGUGCUACUACUGAUGUUACAAAUGGAUUCAUUGAAUUAUCUAAAGUAAACAUCACAAUAUUCAAUACUGAUUUGGUUUCUGAAAAUAUGAGUAUUCUAGUAGAAAAUGCAUCAAUAAAUUUUGCUGAUCAAAACAAAAAUAAUAUUUUAAUCAUAGCAAAUGUAAUAGAAGACAUAGCAAAUGUUUUUAUGAGCCAAAUACAAAUAGCCACUCAGUCAUUGUUUAAUAAGACUGUUAAUUCUAUAAUUCAAACUAAUGAUUUGAUUGAAGAAUGGCCAUUUGAAGUGCUUGAGCUAUCAUCCAAUGAUAUCAUACAGUCAUUUGAGGAAUUUGUAAGAAUUGGAAUUAACUUAGAAAACUACACUAGCAGCAUAUCAGUGACUGCAGAAGAUAUUGUUUUUAGAGGAGAAAGUUUUGAAAGAUCUAAUUUCAAUGGACUAACAAUAUCUGGUUUUGCCUUCAAUAAUACUUUAAACUUUAACAUGCAAGACUCAUCAAGUAACCUAACAAACAGAGAAAUAGCCAGGGUAGUUGUACCAUUAAGUAUCCUCAAUGUCACAAACAGUGAGAGCAUUGAUAUAGCAGCAACCUUAUACAAGAAAGCAAACUUCUUUCCAGUUCAUGAAGAGGUCAUUUCUUCAUCAUCAGUAAUGACAGUGGUAGGUUCAGCUGUUAUCAGUAUAAUAGUUGGUGGGAUACCUGAUGGUUCUGAACUGAUUGAUCCAGUUGCAAUCAUUUUAGCAUUAAACAAAGAACAUGUUACAAAUCCUCGUUGUGCUUUCUGGAACUUUACUGGGGCAGAUGGCAUUGGUAAUUGGUCUAUUGAUGGUUGUACUACAGUAGUUGAUCCUAAUGAUCUCAGUAAUGUCACUUGCUACUGUGAUCACUUAACCAACUUUGCAUUGCUUGUUGAUAUAUCUACUAGGACUGGCAAUGGUACUUCUCCUCCUCCAUUUGGUGUUAAAUUUGAAUUUGACACAAUCACUUAUGUUGGAGUGUCUCUCUCAUUGGUUGGACUAAUCUUAACAAUCCUAACAUUGCUGGUAUUCAAAAAAUUAAGAAAGAAAGAUUCUAGCAAGUUUCACAUUCAGCUAUGUCUCUCAUUGUGCUUUGUGAUAAUUAUUUUUGUCACUGGAAUUGAUAAAAUAUCAGUGAGGCCACUUUGUAUAAGCAUAGGAGCUCUUAUACAUUACUUCUCUCUUGUUCACUGGAUGUGGAUGGGAGCAGAAGCUGUGCUGAUGUUCCAAAAAAUAGUAAUAGUGUUUACAAACAUAACUUGGCGGUAUAUAUUAAUAGUGUCUAUUGUUUGUUGGAGUAAGUGA